AUGGCAGGCGCAAGAUCAUGGAGUUCAACUUCAUUUGCAGAGCAGGAACAUGCAAUACAUGGUGCUUCUGAUCCUAUCGACACACCAUCACUGAUCUUGACUUUUGAGAAGGAUCCAAUGGAGGAAAAUGAUGCCACUAAGCCCGACUAUACUCCAGCUAAGCACCUGUCCAAUCCAGUUCGUUCACCAGACUACUCACCAGCUGGACUUGAGCUUUUCAGUUCUCAUUAUGAGUUGGACGAGGACAAGGAGGACACUGCUACCUCGUUGGAGAUCUUACCAUGCUGCUCCACUCUUUCACAUCGAUCCUUCAGAUCAUACUGGGACUCGGGUGAAACAAACCCCAAUAAAGACUGUUGUUCCCUCUCAAAAGAGACCGACAUCCCCACUUGCAUCACCACUGCCAUUGAAGAGACUAUGUGGAUGCCUUAA